AUCUACCUCAAGUAAUGUGCUGUUCAUAAGAGAUAUAAAAAUAAUUAAAAUAUAUAAACAAUCGCAUUAAGGAACGAAAACUAAACCGAAACGAAAGUGCAAAAGAAAGAAAAGAAUAUAUAUACAAAUUAUAUAUAUAUCAGGAAUUUCAAAUAUGUGUGUUAUGUGAUUGAAAGUGAAAUGUAACUUGCACACUUGCAAUAUUAUUGCAGUGCGUGACUCACAAAAUUAUUACUCUACAAAGGUUUCAAGGAUAAAAAGAGAAAAAAGAAUUUUUAAGAAUAUUAUACGAACUGUUAAAUUAUUACAAAAUGUGUAAAAAACAGAACUAAGAAAAUACCAAAACGUUAUUCAUCUAAUAAAAAAAAAUUAAAUAAAGAACAAUUUACGAAGAAAGUUUCUCAAAUACCAUAAAAUGAUGAUGCUUCAGCAUCUUCCUGUCGUACCAGCGAACGCUGCCAGCGGUACAAGUGUCAUUUAUCGCCACGACUCCGAUCACGAGUUACACAGAACGUACCAUUCGCGAUCCAGCUCGCCCGUUCACACAGCGUCCUAUGUGCGCGAACGCUCGCCCGUCAUCAUCAAGCGGACCUACAGCACGGAAGACUUGAAGCACUAUGCGGCACGUGAGGGCGGCGCCGACAACAUCGUUGACAGCGACGGCGAUCACCAUCAUCGCGUUGUCCAUCAUCACCGAAUUUAUCCGCAACGGCGUUACGUGAUGCUGCGCGACGACGAGGAAGAAUACGAGCGACAGGCACGGAGUCCGUCGCCGCGCGUUGUCAUUACGGAGGAUCGUCGUCGACGGUAUGUGGUAUACGAGGAAGAAGAGGAUUUGCGUCGUCGCGUCAAACGCGAAUCGUCUGUCGAUGCGGGCGUCGAAGAACCAGAGGAGCACGAAGAGCACGAUCCCGAUGCGCCGCUCGACUUGAGCAUGAACAAGUACAAGCGGAACAACUCGACGAGCGACAACGGCGAAAGUGGCAGCGAUUCCGAGUCGGAUUCCAGCCGACAUGGCGCAUCGCAACGCAGCAGCGCCUACAAGAAGAGCUUAAUGAAGCGUUAUUUAGAUACGGAAAUCCCCAUUUUACCGCAGUCCCCGAGCCCAAGUCCACCGGAUCACAAAUACAAUCAGCAUCAGCAGCAGGCGCAACAGCAACACCGGACAUCCAAUAAUUCGCAGCAGCAACAAUCAUCGACAAAUGGCUCGCAAAUGCAGGCGAGACCACUGCUGCAUGGGCUCUUGAGCGGCACGCACAUACCAAAUACUCCGUAUCAUCAUCAUCGUGGCUACAGUACAUCGAGCACUGGUUCAUUGCCACCCAGUCCAGCCGAUAGCGGAGUAUCUGACGUCGAUAGCUCAAGUUCCGGCGGGCAGCCAUGCAGCGAGGAGCUGAAAGCGCGUCUCAGUAUGCCGCCACAUGCAGGCGGCGGCACCCAAGGAGCUCCAUCAUCACAGCAGCAAACGAAUGGCGGCAGCAUUGCCAACGGUAACAGCAGCAACAACGGACAUUUACCACACGGAACAUUUUUACAUCCCAAUUUUUACCACAAUUCACAACCGUCAGCUUUAAACCGACUAUGGAAUCGAGGGAAUUUGUCGUUACCAGACAACUACUACCCGCACUUGAUGCAAAGUGGUUACCAAUCGUCGCACUUCACCUCAUCGAACUCGUCGUCUGCCGCGGCAGUGGCUGCAGCUGCCGUCGCCGCCAACCAACAGUCGUCGGCAUCGUCACGUAGCAGUCUCGCGGGCUUGCAUCAUCCGAGCGUCGCAGCUGCCCUGUCGCAACACCAUCAUCUCGGACCCAGUGGAGGCGCCACGGCGCAUCAUCAUCACCACCAAAGUGUGAUCCAGGCGCCCACCAGUAGCUGUGAUGACCUCUCGUACAUGCUGGACUUUGGCUAUCAGCCGCGCAAAUUGAAGAAACCCAAGAAGCCGAGAAUCGAGAUGGGCGUGAAGCGGAAGAGUCGCGAAGGAUCGACGACAUAUUUGUGGGAAUUUCUGCUGAAAUUGCUGCAAGAUCGCGAAUAUUGCCCGCGUUUCAUCAAAUGGACGAAUCGCGACAAGGGCGUCUUCAAGCUCGUCGACUCGAAGGCAGUGUCGAAGCUGUGGGGCAUGCACAAGAACAAGCCAGACAUGAAUUACGAGACAAUGGGACGUGCAUUACGGUACUACUAUCAACGCGGCAUUCUCGCGAAAGUUGAUGGCCAACGACUUGUCUAUCAGUUCGUUGAUGUACCAAAAGAUAUUAUUGAGAUUGAUUGCUCAGGCACUUAAACAACGAACUUUAUUAUUAUUUUUUUGUUUUUUUUUAUUUUAUUUUUUUGCUUUAAAAGACAUCUUCUACAAUUUUUCACAAAAUAAUCAAAAAAUUUCGUUUUUUUAACACGAAAAACACACAUAUAAAUAUAAAUUAUAGAAAAAAAAUAUUUAUUUUCAUCGACAAUCAAAGUACAAAUUAUUUAAAAUAGUAAGAAAAAGAAUAGAAGUUGACAACAACCUUGAGGAACUGCCCUACCGUACAUACAUUUUUUUAGUUCCUUGCUUAAAACUUGCUCUUUAAUAACAAAAUAUAUGAAUCACUGCCUAUUUUUGCGUUUGUAUGUCCGUCACUACUUUCUCGUACUUUGAACAAUUUUUCAGUUAAUUAUUAUUUUAUUAAUUUUAAUUAU